AUGGAUCUUAGUAUUGACGCCAAGCCUGCAGCCAAUAUGAGCGCGACUGAGCUCAUGUCGAAUAAAAGCUGCGUCCCAAUUCAAAAAACAAUAUUAGACUAUUUUGACUAUGUAAAGGAAAAGCCAAAAAUUGAGCCGAAGCCGCAAGCCGUGAAUAAUAAAGUUGUAGUUACUCAUGAUGUGUUUGUGCAAGAGCUGAAUGGCUUCAAGUCUUAUCUAAAUGAUAUUGUUAAAGUUGAGCAAUUGUUGUACGACGCACGGAGCUCAAGUUCACCAGAGAGCACUAAAGUUGCUACCGAAUUUCAGACUCGGCUGUUUGCCAUGCGAUCGCUGUUGCCAGCAAAAGCGAAGGAGCUGGAGCAACUGCGUGAGGUGGGCAAGGAGCAUAUCAGCAUAAAGCUGCCAAGCUGGACGCAUCACUACUCCAGUUCGAUCUCAGAGCGUAAGACACAGCACGAUGAUAUUAUUGAAGGACUUAAGACAAUCUGCGAGCCUCUUAAUGCGCGUCCGGCGGAUGAAGAUUUUGCCGAUCAGCCCUCCUCGGUGCUGGUGGCACUGCUCAAGCAUCAAAAGAUUGCCUUGAAGUGGCUGCAGUGGCGUGAAAAUGAAAAAGUUAAAGGCGGCAUACUGGGCGAUGACAUGGGUCUGGGCAAGACUCUAACUAUGAUCUCUCUGAUACUGGCCAGCAAAGUGGAGGAUGAGCGUGCCGCCUCUCAGGAUAGCAGAAAGAGCACCUUAGUCAUAUGCCCGGCUAGCAUUUUGCAUCAAUGGAGCAACGAGAUCAAAAGCAAAGUGGAGACUGAUGCAUUGAGCGUGCAUUUGUAUCAUGGCCCAAGUCGCAACAAUGCCGUCAAUAGAAUAUACUUUGAUAGCGAUGUCAUCAUUACCACUUACAGUAUUGUUAGGAGUGACUAUCGCACUCAGGGCCCUGCGUCCUGGCUCUUCGUGCAUAAAUGGAAGCGCAUUGUGCUGGACGAGGCGCACAUAAUGCGUAAUCCCAGAUCACAAUGUUGUUUCACCAUUUGCCGGCUGCAGUCCAAGUACCGUUGGGCGCUGACUGGAACGCCCAUACAAAAUGCAGCCAAGGAUGCAUUUGCGCUAAUGCAAUUUCUGCAGGUGCCCACAUUCAAGGAUCUAACACAUUGGCGCCGGCUCAUGAAGGAAGGCAUGGAAGGACAUCGUCGUCUCAACUGCGUGCUCAAGCCGCUGCUCUUGCGACGCACCAAGGCUCAACUGCAGGCAAGUGGCGGCAUGCCGCCUAUGCCGCUGCUGCAUGUGCAGCUGGUGGAGAUAAAGCUCAGCGAGGCAGAGAUGACUGUCUACCAGAUACUGCUGGUCAUAUCGAAGAAACUCUUUGAGCAGUUUCUGCAGCAAUACGAACAUCGCAAUGCCGAUCUCAAUUACUACAAUGCCAAGGGCGUGCCAAAGUUUCUGCGCGACUUCAAUGAUCCAGUGUACGGUGUGCUGCAUCGUAAGCUGCUGAUCAGCCUUGGCUACGAUCCGGAUACAAAGAUUCAAGGCAUUGUCAUCAUGGUGUUGCUGCUGCGUUUGCGCCAAUUCUGUUGCCAUCCUGCGCUUAUGAUGUCGAUGCUUGGCGGCAAUGCACUGCUGCCUGGCAAUGAUGCGGACGUGGCUGCUGAGCCAACUGCUGCGCUGCAGCUUAAUGUAAUUGCUGAACUGCAGCAGUUGGCCGAGAGUCGCCGAGACUGCAACACAAGGGCGCAGACAACUAAAGGAGACUUGGCCGCUACGCUCAAGCUGCUGAGCCCUGCCAAUCCCAUCUUCGAUCGCGGACUCUACUCAUCCAAAAUGGUGCAGGUGCUAGCUAGAGUGGAGCACAUUUUGCUUUAUACGCAGGACAAGCUCAUCAUAGUCUCGCAAUGGGCCAGCCACCUGACGCUUAUUGGCGAGCAAUUGGCCGUGCGCAAGCACCCAACGCUUUACUUUCAUGGUGGACUCAAUGUAGCGAAGCGCCAAGCUGUGCUCGAUGAAUUUAAUAUUGCCGGCAAUGACAAGCGUGUGUUGCUGCUUUCGCUGUUGGCUGGCGGCUUGGGCUUGAACCUGAAUGUAGCCAAUCAUUUGCUCUUGAUAGAUUUGCACUGGAAUCCACAAACAGAGCGCCAGGCACAGGAUCGUGUCUAUCGCUAUGGGCAGCAGAAGCCAACCUAUAUAUAUCGCUUCUGUUGCACAGACACCGUUGAGGAUCGCAUCAAAGCGCUGCAAGAUCACAAGAUUGAAAUCUUUAAUGUUGUGCUAAACAAUGCCAAUGACAUGAUUGCGGGCCCUGGUGGCAGUUUGACUCUGCAGGAUCUAAAGCGCGUGUUUGGCAUGUAG